AUGAUCUCUGAGAUGGGCGAUACCACUGCAGCCCUUGUCUGGGGCGUCCCAGUCAGAAUAUCGGAUCUUCUCUGUAGCGUCGACGCCUUCCACAAGGCCAUCCCCACCAUCCAGACUUUGCGCCUAUGCAAUCAAUUUGGCCAAGGCGAGGACGCUCGCAUCACAAAACUUCCCAAAGAGCUCAUUGCUUUCAUUGAGGAAGAGUUGUUGGCUAUACACCGCCAGGAGGAAGAAAGUCGCAACGUUGGAUGGGCCCAGACAUAUCGCUGUUUCGAAGGCUCAUGUCGUGCGAGUCGACACUCGUUUGAGAUGGACCCAUCAAUCGUUGAUGCUGCUUUGGAGGAGCUCUACGAGGAACAUCCUGAGUGGCUUCAUAUGGACGAAGAAACUGUUCAUCCCAAGGAAUUCGAUGAACUUCUGGAAGCAAAGCUCGACGAGAAACGCGACGAGUAUUACGAGGACGUUUCUUACGAUCUUUGCUUCGACAACAUAUGUGCAUGGCCAUCCGAUGUAAAGAAACAUGUCGCCUCCAAGGGCAACGAGGUGGUGCGCAAGCACUUUGGCCUCGACAUCUUCGUUAAGCAAGAAACCCUCGAUGAGACUGCCGCGGAUUAUCUCAUGAGCCAUGACAAAGCCUUUGCGAAAUCCUACAGAGAGUUUCAUCAAGCAACAAUCUGCUACCUUGUCAUUCCUUCGAAGGCUGCACGUUGGAAGGCACGCCUGGAUCCUAUAUUAUUAGAUUCUGGCGAGAUCUUCGGCGAGUCAACAAACUCCAUGCUGCUCGACCGCAACUCACUAGAUCCUACCGAGGAACAUCAACAACGCUUUGCCAGAGCAAUGCGACAACUUGCCUUGAAGCCAUCAGUGCACCCGUCUCAGCUACAGACAGCUCUGUCUGCAGCUCCCCCCAUCAAUGCCUCGUCGCCAUUGACGCAGACCACAGUUCAUAGAAUCAUCGAGAAGAAGUCUGACGAGGAGGUCAAGAAGAGAGACGCUGCAAUGACCAAGCGAAUCAGAGAUCUGGAACAGAGCCAAUGGCCGAAGUUGAUGUUCCUCGUCAACCACAUCUUUCACGAAUGA